GGUCGAUCAGGGAAUUCCAUUUCCCUAAAGAGGAUGUGAGCGUUUUGCUGAGACAUCGCAACCCACCAUAUAUACCCGAUUUCACUUUCCACUGUGUAGCUUUGGCAGUGCCUCCGUUUCUUCUACAAGUGUGUCUCGCUCCGCUUCUCCUUCGUCUCUUUAAUAGGGUGUGGAGAGAAAACACGCCACCAUGUCUGAAAAAAAGAUGACCUCCAGCCGCAGGCAUGCCCUGAAGAGUUUGAUCCUCACCAUCGCGGCCAAGUGGCUCGACGAGGAGAAAGCUGCCGAUAUUGCGGCGAAGGAGGAGUACAUGGCGGAGCAUUGCGUCAAACCCAGCAUGAGCGGGGACCAGGCCACCCUCAUGGAAGCCUGCAAGAAGCUGCACGCUCUCCUCGACAAGCUUGAUGAGGAGAGGUACGACCUGGGGUCCAAAGUGGGCAAAGCCGACAAAGAGAUUGAGGAUCUGAACAUUAAAGUGGUGGAUCUGAGAGGAGUGAAGAAGCCCGCUCUGAGGAAAGUGCGCAUGUCAGCUGACGCCAUGUUGAAGGCUCUUCUGGGGUCCAAACACAGCGUGAACAUGGACCUGAGAGCCAACCUGAAGCAGGUCAAGAAGGAGGUCAAAGAGGAGCCCCAAGAAGCUGCCGGCGACUGGCGUAAGAACGUUGAGGAUAAGGCCGACAGGAAGAAGAUGUUUGAGGCCACCUAAACGCUGCUCUGGGUCCUUAUUAUAUUUAUUAUAAAAUGAACUUACGGUGUUGGUGAAAGUGACGGCUGAGCAGCAGCAGGUUAGAUCUGUCCGAGACGAGGCGGCUCUCUGCAGGAAAAAAAUAGCUUUUUAAAGGAUUUUAUUUGUAUUUGUCUUUGUCUGAAUGGAGGCGGAGGAGGUUCCCACACUAACACACACCAUAACAAGUCUUAACACAUUCAGUGGAACACACACUGAACAAUAAAAUCAAUGUGGAAGAGAA